AUGGCUGGUCAGUCAGGCGUGGCACGCCGAUCCAAAAUCACUAUCAAUACUUUGAAUCGCAUGUACAAGCACAAUGAACCGAUCUCGAUGAUGACCGCACAAGAUUAUCCUUCUGGUUUACUGGUCGAUCGAGCCGGGAUUGACAUGUGUCUUGUCGGGGAUUCUCUAGCCAUGGUGGCUCUCGGUUAUGAGUCCACCAACCCGCUCACAGUUGAGGAAAUGUUACAUCACUGUCGAGCUGUUGCCAGGGGAUGCAAACAUCCAUUUUUAGUAGCUGAUCUACCUUAUGGCAGCUAUGAGACAAGUCCCGAAAAUGCCUUGCAUUCUGCUCUUCGGUUUUUAAAGGAAGGCAAUGUUGAGGCUGUCAAAUUGGAAGGUGGUGAAGAGAUGGCCGAAACUAUUCGACGCAUCACUCGCGUGGGUGUGCCUGUACUUGGGCACGUGGGUUUGACACCUCAACGGCAAUCGGCGUUGGGCGGAUUCCGCGUUCAAGGCAAGACGGCCAAGCAGGCUCAAGCGCUUUUGAAGGAUGCUUUGGCAGUUCAAGAAGCCGGUGCUUUUAUGAUUGUGUUGGAAGCUAUGCCGGCAGAAAUAGCCAGCUACAUUACACAACGUCUACACGUUCCUACCAUUGGCAUUGGUGCCGGUGUUGAGUGUUCUGGCCAAGUUCUAGUGCAGAACGAUGCCUUGGGACUCUUUGAUCGUUUUGUGCCAAAGUAA